UGGGGCAAAGGGCUAAUUACACACUUUCACGGUAAUGACACUCGGCGCUCGUGUCAUUAUUUUCAUACGGUCAGAUCUACACCUUCUUUGUGGUUUUAAGGACCUAGGUAUUCAGUUUGAGACCUCGUCUUCCAUCGUAUACAGUUGUACUUGUUGUAACGUUUAACAUCAUCAAAUACGUUUCUUUGGGAACCGACAAAAUUAUACACAAUUUUACUAUAAAUUACAUUAAUUGGAAUUUUAAACAACCGUUUCCACUAUAAAGUCAUCAAUGGCAAGUUUCUUGCAAGAAAGAGUUAAUACCUAUUCAAUCAUAGACUCAUCAUCAAAAAAUGAUUUUGUGAAUCGUUUCGAAAAAGAAAUGGAAAUAAAAUCAAGACACAAUGUCGAAUGCCUGUUUGGGAGUACAAAAAUUUCAACAUUCAAGCCACACAUGAAAAUCCCCAUUUCAACAGUCUAUUUAAUCGACAUAUGUAAGGCACUAAUAACCGAACUUAGGGAUAAUUGCAACGUUUCAAUCGAAGUCACCGAUUUGAGUACAUUAGUCGUGGUAACCGUUCUUCAAAUAGAAGCAAAAGUGAGAUUAGCGACGAAAUCCAGUGUUUUUGGUACAGCCGACGAUGAACUUGACUCUCGAGUUGAACGCACAAAGGACACCCUCCUAGUGUCCAUGUUUCCUCUAUCAUUCUACGUCGAUCAAAUUGGUAAAAUUAACAUUCAAGGUCAAACGAUUCUACCCGAAGUCACUGAUCUCAAAUACGAAAAUCUCUCGGAUUAUGCAGAGAAUUUGGGAUUAAGGACCUCGCCUCUCAAUGUUAUUCCACUAGCGGUGGGAAAUCCUCUAACUGGUGUCAAACAAUCGUUGCGCAUCGUUGACGAAGCGGGUGCAAUCAAGAAAGGAAUUAUUAGGCCAAACGACAAGGACUUUUCGUUAACGACCGAGUUUCUCGAGAAUCCGAAUAAUUUCGACUGGACCAGUUGUUUAAAAAUCGAACAAACUCUGGAUGUUAUUUCUAAUUUCGAUGAACUCAACAAGCAGUACUUUAAUUUUAUCGAUAGGAUCAAUGAGAGAUUUCUGAAUGUUUUCGUUGAAGUGGAUUAUGAGGAGGCGUGGGGCACUGCAGCGCAAUUGGUUACCUCAAAAUUGCCCGAUUUCGAGCAAAAUAUUACUAUUUAUAAGGUAUGGUGUACACGAUAUGUGAAUGAUCAUUAUCUUGAAGUUGGAGGUUUACUUCGUUUUGGAUUUGAUCUUGAAGCGGCUCAUGUGUCUCGAUCAAGAGAAUUUAGAUGUUGUGAAUCAUUCAUCGAAGCACAGUCACCAUUGAGGGAGUUUGUUAAGAAUAUUUCGAAAUACUUGCGUAAAAAUUUUAGAAAAAAUAAUUCAGAAUGAAUUUAUGUAGUGGAACACAGAAAAAACGAUUAUCUAAUUUUUAAGAAGAACCUACUUAAAUAGGAG